GCCGGAAGUGAGUGCAAUAAAGUUUCUCCCGGGAGGCUGGGCCUGGGGGGGAGGGGGGCGGGAAAGAAAGUUGGAGCGUCUACUCGAAGAAGCUGCGGCCGCCAGACCCGGAGUGAGACCGGCCCGCGGCGCGGAGUGGAGACCCCAUGCGGCCCUGGACCGGCUCCACCCCAGAAACAGCUGCAUGUCGUACCUGUACCUCAGGAGCUGGGCUGGGCCAUGGAUUCCCUGGACAUGAACAAACUGAGCGGCGGGCGGAGGACUCGGGUGGAAGGGGGCCAGCUGGGGGGUGAGGAGUGGACUCGUCACGGGAGCUUUGUCAACAAGCCAACUCGGGGUUGGUUACAUCCCAACGACAAGGUCAUGGGACCUGGGGUUUCCUACCUUGUUCGGUACAUGGGUUGUGUGGAGGUCCUCCAGUCGAUGCGGGCCUUGGAUUUCAGUACUCGCACCCAGGUCACCAGAGAAGCAAUCAGUCUGGUGUGUGAGGCUGUGCCAGGGGCCAAGGGGGCUGCACGGAGGAGAAAGCCCUGUAGCCGCCCACUCAGCUCCAUACUGGGGAGGAGUAAUCUAAAGUUUGCUGGAAUGCCCAUCACCCUAACUGUUUCUACCAGCAGCCUCAACCUCAUGGCUGCAGACUGUAAACAGAUCAUUGCCAAUCACCACAUGCAGUCAAUCUCAUUUGCGUCCGGUGGGGAUCCGGACACUGCGGAGUAUGUCGCCUAUGUUGCCAAAGAUCCUGUCAAUCAGAGAGCCUGCCACAUCCUGGAGUGUCCAGAAGGACUAGCACAGGAUGUCAUCAGCACCAUUGGCCAGGCCUUUGAGCUGCGCUUCAAACAAUACCUCAGGAACCCACCCAAGCUUGUCACUCCUCACGACAGGAUGGCUGGCUUUGAUGGCUCAGCUUGGGAUGAGGAGGAAGAGGAGCCACCUGACCAUCAGUACUACAAUGACUUUCCAGGGAAAGAGCCCCCUCUUGGUGGGGUAGUAGACAUGAGGCUUCGGGAUGGAGCUGCCCCAGGGGUUCCUCGUCCACCCCCACCCAGUACCCAGACCACCAACCACCUAGGAGCCACUUUGCCCGUUGGACAGCUAGCCAGUGGUGACCCUGAUAUUCGAAAACAGCUCCCAACUCCUGGACCAGGUAGAGAACUAUUUGAUGAUCCCUCCUAUGUCAACGUCCAGAACCUGGAAAAAGUCCGGCAAGGAGCUGGUGGUCCUUCUAACCCUACUACUAAUGGCAGCGCCCCACGUGACCUCUUUGACAUGAAGCCAUUUGAAGAUGCUCUUCGUGUCCCCCCACCUGCCCCCACAACACCAAUGGCUGAGCAGCUCCGAGGCGAGCCCUGGUUCCAUGGGAAGUUGAGUAGGCGGGAGGCUGAAGGGCAGCUGAGGCUCAAUGGGGACUUCCUGGUUCGAGAGAGUACGACUACCCCAGGCCAGUAUGUCCUUACUGGUCUGCAGAGUGGCCAGCCCAAACAUUUGCUGCUCGUUGAUCCUGAAGGUGUGGUUAGGACAAAGGAUCACCGAUUCGAGAGUGUCAGUCACCUCAUCAGCUACCACAUGGACAAUCACCUGCCCAUCAUCUCUGCAGGCAGUGAGCUAUGCCUUCAGCAGCCGGUGGAACGGAAGUUGUAACUGACCUGAUCCUGUCCCCAGCCCUGUUCCAGCCUCCAGGACACUCCCUUUCACUUUUCUGGUCCCAGUUCCAACAGUUUUCUGGGGGAAAAUGCUAUGGCUGCAGCACUCUGUUGUAUCUGUGAGUGGCCUGAAUCCUACGGUUCAGGACCUGGAGGAGGAAUUCACUUUUCUGCUCCUUCACCAGAGUAUUAGUGCCCAUGCAGCCUCAUGGCCCUCAGAUGGGCCUGGGCAGAAUCCCCUAACAGGAGAAAGGAAUCUUAGGAACAACUCCAGUGGAAUGGGAUUUUUCUUCAAAGGGAUAAAAUUCUGUCCCUCCUCCAGUGUUUAAACCUUGUGCCUUUGACCAUGCGCCAGGUCUAAAUAAGUUUUAUGCAAAAUUUUCCUGUGGGCUAAAAAUGAUGAUACUCCCAUCUGACCCCCAGGAUCCUGUCUCCCAGCCCUCCCUUAGCCUGGGCCUCCCAGACUGGGCUUAGGAAACUGGGGGGUAGAUGUGGUUGCUUGCUCUUCUUCAAAGAGGAUGUUUGAUCCUCAGAGCCUAUCCCAGAACUCCACUUCCUGGCCAGGGGGAGGUGAAUGUCCCAUCCCUAUUCCUCCCUUCUACCACAUACACAGAGUGCCUCCUGGCCAGGGCCCCCAUUCUAGGGGUCUGUAUAUACAUUUCGUAAACAUCCAUUCCCCCCACCCCCAGCGUUGCAUGCACAUUGUCCUACUUUACAGCCAAAGUGUAGCCCCUUGUAGCCUCUCCCAACUCCUUUGGGUUGGACAGUGAAUCCAGUAUUUGGUUCUUCCAUACAGUCAACUCUCAAUUUUCUGCAUUAUUUGAGGGGUAAUGGUUAUCUAUAGCAGUGGAUAAUCCCCAAAUAAUUUUUAUUUAGUUUGGGAACAUUGUAGUUUUGUCAACCGAAUUAUUUCCUGAUUGUCUUGCUUGAGCACAAAAGUUAUCUCAUCUUUAUACAUAUAGCACCUUUUUUACUUUUUCCAAGACUUUAUCUAGUAUAUCAUUUUACCAUCAUGACGAGCCUGUGAAGUAAGUAGCAUAGGCGUGAUUAUCAUCUCCAUUUUACAGGUAAGAAAACUGAUGGAUAGAGAAGGUUAGGCGAUUGUUGAAGGCCACAUGGCCAGGAAAUGGCCAGGACUAAAAGCCAGACCUCAUCCUAGCCUAGGAAAAAGCCUGGAAUUUAAUUGUGCUGCAGAUAAGCCUCAGAGGGGAUCAUUCAGAUCAAUGUAUUUAUUGAGUACCUGUUGCUAGACGUGAGGAAUACAGAAGAGGUAGAAGAUACUCCUGAGGAGUCGUGGAUAAUGGAGAGUUGACUGUAUCUUUAUCUCCUCCUCUUCUAAUUCUCCCUUCUACCCUUAUUUUGUUUGAAUCUAUUCACGGGUCUCACUUAUACCAAAGGGAAAUGUCAUUAAAGAUCAUUAUUUCUUUUA